AUGAAUAAUUACACUCUUAAGCAUCCUUCGACCAUAGGUAGAGAUUACAUGGUUGAAAAUUUCAAUCAAGCGUUCAAUAUGAAUAUAACUUAUGGUUUCUUCAAAAACAAGCUUGAUGAAUUCAAAAAAAGUUAUAAGAGGUGGAAGGUUCUUAUGCAUAAAACGGGUAUCACGGUUGAUCCAUAUACAUCUAUGAUAUAUGCAUCUGAUAAGUGGUGGAAUGACCAAGUGUUUGUAAACGUGGGAGUAGUUCACAAAGAUCUGGGAGAAGUGCAAGAGUUUCUAUUGGAAGUGGUUCACGAGGAAAUCGUAGGAGACAAUCCUUUGAGACAAUUAUACAAGACACUAUAGCUGGGUAUAGAGAGUUCCAGCGACAAAGUGUUCAACAACUUCGUCCCGGUAGUUUUGACCAAGAUGAUUACGAUUAAUUCAAAAAGGCGGAAGCUAUACUCACUGCGCUAG